UGAGGCUGCGGCGGCUGAGGUGGCGGCGCAGGUGGAGAUGGGGAGCGGCGGUGUGAUCCACUGUAGGUGUGCCAAGUGUUUCUGUUAUCCUACAAAGCGAAGAAUAAGAAGGAGACCCCGAAACCUAACCAUCUUGAAUCUCCCAGAAGAUGUGCUCUUUCAUAUCCUGAAAUGGCUUUCUGUUGGGGACAUCCUAGCAGUUCGAUCUGUGCACUCCCACCUGAAGUACCUGGUAGACAGCCAUGCCAGUGUGUGGGCAUGUGCCAGCUUUCAAGAGUUGUGGCCUUCUCCAAGGAACCUAAAGCUCUUUGAAAGGGCUGCUGAAAAGGGAAAUUUUGAAGCUGCUGUGAAGCUGGGCAUUGCCUACCUCUACAAUGAAGGCUUGUCUGUGUCUGAUGAGGCCCGUGCAGAAGUAAAUGGACUGAAAGCCUCUCGCUACUUCAGCCUCGCGGAACGACUAAAUGUCAGUGGUACGCCUUUCAUCUGGCUCUUUAUCCGCCCUCCAUGGUCAGUGUCUGGAAGUUGCUGCAAAGCUGUGGUUCAUGAGAGCCUCAAGGCGGAGUGCCAGCUACAAAGAACUCACAAAGCCUCCAUACUGCACUGCCUGGGAAGAGUGCUGAGUCUCUUUGAGGAUGAAGAGAAAAAGAAGCAGGCCCGUGACCUGUUUGAAGAGUCUGCUAAUCAGGGAUGUUUAACCAGCUCAUACCUCCUCUGGGAAAACGACAGACUAAUAGAGAUGUCUGAUCCCGGGCGAUGCCUCCACAACUUCCGGAAACUCAGGGACUAUGCUGCCAAAGGCUGCUGGGAAGCCCAGCUGUCUUUAGCCAAAGCCUGUGCAAAUGGAAACCAGCUUGGACUAGAAGCAAAAGCAUCCAAUGAAAUAGUCUGCCAGCUGUUUCAGGCCUCCCGCCCUAUUAAUAAGCAGGAGGUUUUUUCUGUGCAGAAGGGACUCAACGACACAAUGAGGUACAUUCUAAUCGACUGGUUGGUAGAAGUCGCCACCAUGAAGGACUUCACAAGCCUUUGCCUUCACCUGACUGUGGAGUGUGUGGACCGGUACCUACGGAGAAGGCUGGUUCCCCGGUACAGGCUCCAGCUGCUGGGUAUUGCCUGCAUGGUCAUCUGUACCCGGUUCAUCAGCAAAGAGAUUUUGACAAUCCGGGAAGCCGUGUGGCUCACAGACAACACGUACAAGUAUGAGGACCUGGUGAGGAUGAUGGGAGAGAUCAUUUCUGCCCUGGACGGGAAGAUUCGAGUCCCCACUGUGGUCGAUUACAAGGACAUCCUGCUGACUCUGAUCCCUGUGGCACCAAGAACCCAGCACCUGUGCAGCUUCCUCUGCGAGCUCUCUCUGCUGCACACCAGCCUGGCUGCCUACUCCCCAGCCCACCUGGCCGCAGCCUCCCUGCUGCUGGCAAGGCUGACACACGGGCAGACACAGCCCUGGACCACUCGGCUGUGGGACCUCACUGGGUUCUCCUGUGAAGACCUCAUACCUUGUGUCUUGAGCCUUCACCAAAAGUGCUUCCAUGAUGAUGUCCCCAAAGAUUAUAGACAAGUCUCUCUGACCGCAGUGAAACAGAGGUUUGAGGACAAGCGCUACGAAGAGAUCAGCCAGGAAGAGGUGCUGAGCUACAGCCAGGUGUGUGCAGCUCUGGGAGUGAAACAGGAGAGCCCAGAACCCGCAUCUUUCCUCAGCUCAGGGGAUAUUCACUCCUUCCUUAGCUCUCCCUCUGCAAGGAGAACUAAGAGGAAGCGGGAGAACAGCCUCCAGGAGGACAGGGGCAGCUUCGUUACCACACCUACUGCAGAGCUGUCCAGCCAGGAGGAGACACUACUAGGCAGCUUCCUGGACUGGAACCUGGACUACUGCUCCGGCUACGAGGGUGACCAGGAGAGCGAGGGCGAGAAGGAAGGCGAUGUGACAGCUCCCAGCGGCAUCCUUGAUGUCACCGUGGUGUACCUCAACCCAGAACAGCACUGCUGCCAGGAAUCGAGCGAUGAGGAGGCCUGCCUAGAGGAUGAAGGAUGCCAGGACCUACAUGCCGUGGUGCCAAGCACCCAGACACCUCCAGUCCCAGGACCCAAGCCCCCUCUCUGCAGCAGCAGAGAACUGGGCAAGGACAUUACAACCUCAGGAUACUCCUCCAUCAGUAGUGUGAGUCCUACAAACUCAGUGGACUGUGGCCUGUCCCAACCUACCUCAGCAAAGUCCCCAAGCAGUGACUCAAAUGUACAGCCUUGCCACCAUCAUGCCAGGAAAUCGUGUUUACAGUGUCGUCCCCUGAGUUCCCCAGAGAGCAAUGUUCCCCAGCAACAGGUAAAAAGGAAAAAUCUAUCCACCCCCAGCAAGGAAAAGCAGGACAUGAACUUGGGCUUCCUGAAUGAAGCUGUGAGUAUGUCAGUGCUUGCCACAAUGAAUGUUUGUAGAAAUGGGGCUGCUGCUGCACUAGCGAGGAAUGGAGGCACUGGAGAUGGAUGA